CUUUUGCUUGUCUUCUUGCCUAGACACAUAGCCGAGCUAAUAUUCUACAUGGAGGAGCUCAGAGCGCACGUGCGAAAAUACGGACCAGUGAUGCAGAGAUACUAUGUACAGUAUCUCUCUGGCUUUGAUGCAGUGGUCUUAAAUGAGCUUGUUCAGAAUCUUUCAGUGUGCCCAGAGGAUGAAUCAAUCAUCAUGUCCUCCUUUGUAAACACGAUGACUUCACUAAGCGUGAAACAAGUUGAAGACGGAGAGGUAUUUGACUUCAGAGGAAUGAGAUUAGAUUGGUUUAGACUGCAGGCCUACACCAGCGUUUCUAAAGCUUCGCUUAGUCUUGCAGACCACAGAGAACUAGGAAAAAUGAUGAACACAAUCAUUUUCCACACAAAAAUGGUAGAUUCUUUGGUGGAGAUGUUGGUUGAAACCUCAGAUCUUUCUAUAUUUUGCUUUUAUAGUCGUGCUUUUGAGAAGAUGUUUCAGCAGUGUUUGGAGCUUCCUUCUCAAUCAAGAUACUCAAUUGCAUUCCCACUGCUUUGUACUCAUUUUAUGAGCUGUACCCAUGAACUAUGUCCAGAAGAGCGACACCAUAUUGGAGAUCGUAGUCUUUCCUUAUGUAACAUGUUCUUGGAUGAAAUGGCUAAGCAAGCUCGAAAUCUUAUCACAGAUAUUUGCACAGAACAAUGUACACUGAGUGAUCAGUUGCUGCCAAAGCAUUGUGCCAAAACCAUCAGUCAAGCAGUGAACAAAAAGUCAAAAAAACAGACUGGAAAGAAAGGAGAACCUGAAAGGGAGAAACCAGGAGUAGAAAGCAUGAGGAAAAACAGAUUGGUUGUGACAAACCUGGACAAACUGCACACUGCACUUUCUGAGCUCUGCUUCUCAAUCAAUUACGUUCCAAACAUGGUGGUUUGGGAACACACGUUUACCCCAAGAGAAUACUUAACAUCUCACCUGGAAAUCCGCUUUACCAAGUCAAUUGUUGGAAUGACUAUGUAUAAUCAAGCAACACAAGAGAUUGCAAAGCCUUCAGAGCUGCUAACCAGUGUAAGAGCCUAUAUGACAGUCCUCCAGUCAAUAGAAAAUUAUGUACAGAUCGACAUUACACGAGUAUUUAAUAAUGUUCUGCUUCAGCAAACCCAGCAUUUAGAUAGUCACGGUGAGCCAACCAUUACCAGUCUGUACACAAAUUGGUAUUUGGAAACUUUGCUACGGCAAGUCAGCAACGGUCACAUAGCCUAUUUUCCAGCCAUGAAGGCAUUUGUGAAUUUGCCUACAGAAAGUGAAUUAACAUUUAAUGCUGAGGAAUACUCUGACAUAUCAGAAAUGAGAGCCCUUUCUGAACUUCUGGGACCAUACGGCAUGAAGUUCCUAAGUGAAAGUCUGAUGUGGCACAUUUCUUCACAGGUUGCUGAGCUUAAGAAACUUGUAGUGGAGAAUGUUGAAGUUCUAACACAAAUGAGGACCAGCUUCGACAAGCCAGACCAGAUGGCAGCACUCUUUAAAAGACUAUCAUCUGUUGACAGUGUUUUGAAGAGAAUGACCAUUAUUGGUGUUAUCUUGUCGUUUCGGUCGUUGGCACAGGAAGCACUUAGAGAUGUCUUAUCCUACCACAUUCCUUUCCUUGUAAGUUCCAUCGAGGACUUUAAAGAUCACAUUCCAAGAGAGACUGACAUGAAGGUGGCAAUGAAUGUAUAUGAACUGUCAUCAGCUGCUGGAUUGCCUUGUGAGAUUGAUCCUGCCUUGGUCGUAGCACUGUCUUCCCAAAAAUCAGAAAACAUUAGUCCAGAAGAAGAAUAUAAAAUUGCUUGCCUUCUCAUGGUCUUCGUUGCAGUCUCCUUGCCAACUUUGGCUAGUAAUGUGAUGUCUCAGUAUAGCCCUGCCAUUGAAGGGCAUUGCAACAACAUUCAUUGCUUGGCAAAAGCUAUCAACCAGAUUGCUGCAGCUUUAUUUACCAUCCACAAGGGAAGCAUUGAAGACCGUCUUAAAGAAUUUUUGGCCCUUGCAUCAUCUAGUCUACUGAAGAUUGGCCAGGAGACGGACAAAACUACUACAAGGAACAGAGAGUCUGUUUACCUACUACUAGACAUGAUUGUGCAGGAGUCUCCGUUCCUGACAAUGGAUCUCUUGGAGUCUUGUUUCCCUUACGUCUUGCUGAGAAAUGCAUACCAUGCUGUCUACAAACAAAGCGUCACAUCCUCUGCCUAAGUAUCUACUUACUGGAGAUAAGACAUAGCACGCAUCUGUGUGGCCUCAGUUUUAUCUGUAAACUGUGGAGCUAUUUUACUUUAUGGCCUGAUGAACAGUUUUGUGGAUUAUAAACUUUUUCCAUGAAGUUGUAUUUCUGAUCAGUGGUUUCUUAAUAUGGUUGUACUGCAAUAUAAGCUUGGUUGAUUUUAGGUUGCACAUUCAUGGAAAAUCUUUUUUCUCGUUUUUUUCCUUUUUUUUUUUUUUUUUUACUUUAGAGCAUCAGUUAUGUUUUAAAAAAUACUACUUCUGCUAUAUGUUUUUUGAUAUUGAUCAUGCAAAACAAAAAUUGCUCGUUUAUUUCCCAGAAGAAAAAUGUAUUUAGUGAUUAUUUUAGAUAGUGUAGCUUUCAUCUGUGUGUAAAUUAUUUCAUAUAGGGAGAGUUAUAAUCUUGUACCUAUUGUUCUUAUUGAAAACAAAUAUUGGAUGUGCAUUUCUGUGAAGUAAUUACAGCAUUUCUAGUUUUAUUUUGAAACAUUCACCGAUCUACAUACUAUGACACUAUCUAACAUUAAAAAUGUUAUAGGACUGCUUAUCCUUCAGACAGCGAUCCUCUCCUGAUACUCUUAAACAACAGCAAGUGGUGUUGUUUGUAUAAAGCAUAGUGGAAAUUUUUUUUAAACUAACUUCUGUGGUGCCCUGUUGGCAUUAACACUACCAUUGUACCCUGCUGUAUAAUAAACAUUCUUACACAUUUAUCACAUGUUGAUAAAAUGUUAGCCCUUAACCACUUUUUAUAUGUUUUAAAUUUUUGAAAUUCAAGUGUACCUUCCAUAACAUACAAUAAACACUAGACUGUAUUAUCUGUAGGUGAAUUAUUUUUAAUAUAAAUGUUAUCCUAGUAUUUUAAGCUUAAACUGUGCUGUUGUGCAUUGAUUUACAUCUCACAGUUCAUUAAAUAUCAAUCCUUAGAGCUUUUAUGUGAAGAUUUCUUUUAAUCCUUCACCUUUUGGCUUCUGCGAUAGUGAAUCUUGUAAAAAGUUGGAAGGAGGAAUUAAAAACAAUGUAAAAAGUGUCA